UAGUUAACAAUUAUUUAAUGGUCUGUUUUCUGUAAACACGAUCAAGUCUGCACCUAACUAGCAUCCUCAACCUCACUCAUCAAACUGUUACACUCUUCUGUUUGAUAUCAAAACCACAUGAAUUCCAAGGAAAGUCAGAUGGGAACAUCCUCUAAUGAAGAGGAGAGUAUCUCCGAGUAUGCCAUGCAACUAACAAGCGCAUCGGUGCUGCCCGGGGUGCUGAAAGCAGCAAUAGAUCUUGGUGUGCUUGAAAUUAUUGGAAAAGCAGGUCCUGGAGCUCUUCUCUCUGCUUCCCAAAUAGCAUCCGAGCUCCCCACUCACAGUAACGCCAACCUUGUUUCGUCUAAUUUGCUUCUGGAUUGUAUGCUACGCGUUCUAGCUAGCCACUCAAUUCUUACUUGCUCUAUCACCCACCAGAACGAUGGCCACGUUCUCAGGCUUUAUGGUUUGGCUCCUGUCUCAAAAUACUUUGAUCGAAACCAGGAUGGCGGAACACUGGCUCCCCUAUUAGAUUUUAUGCAGGACAAGGACAUCAUGAGUAUCUGGGACCAUUUGAAAGACGCAGUUCUGGAAGGUGUACUACCCUUUUACAAGGCUCAUGGGAUGAACAUGAGUGAGUUUGUGGGAAAAGAAGCAAGACUCCGUGAAACUUUCGUGGGCUCAAUGAAAGGUUUCAACCAAGUAUUUAUGGAGAAGAUCCUUGAGACGUACAAGGGCUUUGAAGGUCUGAAGUCGCUUGUGGAUGUGGGCGGUGGUGACGGCACCAUCCUUAACAGUAUCAUAUCCAAGUACCCUUCCAUCAAGGGUGUCAACUUUGACUUGGCUUACGUAAUAGAAAAAUCGCCCUCCUAUCCUGGUAUUGAGCACACUACAGGAGACAUGUUUGUAAGCAUUCCAAAUGGGGAUGCCAUUUUCAUGAAGUGGAUAAUUCAUCAUUACAACGAUGAAGAUAGCUUGAAGGUACUAAAAAAUUGUCAUGAAGCACUACCAAAACGUGGGAAAGUGAUACUAGUUGAUAUGGUGGUUCCGGAAGUCUCUGAAACUAGUGCUGCUCAUAAAAGCUUGUUUCAAUUUUAUUUGCUCAUGAUGAAUGCGAACCCGCAAGGUAAGGAGAGGACAAAAAGAGAACUCGAAAAUUUGGCAAAGGCAGCAGGAUUUUCUGGUAUUCAGGUGGCAGGCUUUGCUUAUGGCUAUUCAGUCGUGGAGUUCUACAAGAAUAUGUAGCAUUUUGGUCGUGACAUGAUCAAUGACUGUAUCAGUAGCCCUAUCAUAUAAUCUUUAGCUCAUGACUGAGUGGCUGAGCCUCUACACACUUGCGGUGCGGUAGAGUUUUUCUGGCUCAGUUUUGGUUGUUGCUUCAUGCUUGGAGUGCUCCUUGUUGCUGCGGUUGCUUCUGUACUACACUAGUUAUCGCUUGUGCUGAAUUUUUGCUAUUUCUCGUUGUGUUAUUCUCUUUCUUGUUGAGUACCGUAAGGAUUGGCCUUUCCAAGUUGCUGUAUUGCAAGGCUGUUGCUAUUUUGUUAAUGCUCCUCACUGAGUACUGCUAAGGGUUGGUAACUACUAGUGGCCGCUCUGCACUAUAAUCUGUCACUUUUCCGCUCCAGUAGAUUGCUUUUUGGUGUUCGAGGGUC